AUGUCUAAAGUCCAACAGCUGAGAUGUUUAGUCAACCAGCGACUAACUGCGGCUGCGCAAGAGAUCUUUGGUCUGUUUGAAAGAACGAUAGCAGAGUACGAGGAGGAACUUUGUAGUUCCAGAGAGGAGAACGAGCGACACCGGAAACGACUGGACGCUGUGUUCAACCCGGAAGUCCGGGAAGCUCAGUCCUCUCAGCUUCAUCAAAGACAAACUGAACACAUGGAAACAGAAGCUGAUGGAGCGGAUUGUGGAGGACCAGAACCAGACAGGAAGUUAGAUCCAGAAAGACAUCCAGGACCAGAUACUGAUGAGACUGAGGACAGUGCUGAUUGGGAGGAGACUGAGGAACCUCAGUCAGAUGUGAACCCUCAAAACAAAGAAGUACCUGUAAGUGAUGUGAACUGUAGUACUGGAAAUACAUCAAUCAGCUCUCCUGAAUGUGCUGGAAGCUCUGACCACAAGGGACAUCUGGAGAAACCCACUAGCUCCAAAACAGGAGAGAAACCAUUUCAAUGCUCACUUUGUGACAAAAGAUUUGGAUUCAAUUGUGAUCUAAAGAUACACAUGGCUGUCCACACAGGAGAGAAACCAUUUCAAUGCUCGCUUUGUGGCAAAAGAUUUGUAGUCAAUAGUUAUCUUAAGAGACACAUGAGGGUCCACACGGGAGUGAAACCAUAUAGUUGUUCUGUGUGUAGUAAAACAUAUACACAAAAGAGAAACCUAACUGCUCACAUGUUUGUCCACACAGGAGAUAAACCAUUUAGUUGUUCAGUUUGUGAUAAAACAUUUUUACAAAAGCAACAUCUGAAACGACAUUUAAUUAUCCACACUAGAGAAACUAAUUAGUCGUGGAGUUUCUCAACAAGAUUCUCUUUUCUCGGUUAUUCCAAAAAUGAGAGUCUCUGAAAUAAACAUGGUUAAACACUUAAAAACUGUCAGGCUGAUACAGACUCCAACAUAAAUCUAUUCAGCUGAGAUUAAGCUUCACAUCAAUUUAUAUUCUUUGACGUCAGUUUCUCUGGUAUCGUCUUAUGUUUCAUGUGUUAUGUAUUGUCACGUAUAUAUGAAUUUAAAUGGUUUUCCAUUGUCAAA